CAGCAAGAGCAAGUAAAUGAGUGAGUGAGAGAGCAAAGGAAAUAUUCAAUCUCUGUCACUCACUCCUGUGAGCCUGCCUCCUCAUUCCAGGACAGCAAACGGAAGCAAUCACCAAAAUGAAGACUGCUUUAAUUUUGCUCAGCAUUUUGGGAAUGGCCUGUGCUUUUUCAAUGAAAAAUUUUCACCGAAGAGCCAAAUUAGAGAAUUCUGAAGAAAAUGGGGUUUUUAAAUACAGACCACGGUAUUAUCUUUAUAAGCAUGCCUACUUUUAUCCUCCUCUAAAACGAUUUCCCGUUCAGAGCAGUGACUCAUCUGAAGAAAAUGAAGACGGUGAUAGCUCAGAAGAGGAGGAGGAAGAGGAAACUUCAAAUGAAGAAGAAAACAAUGAAGAGUCAAAUGAAAAUGAAGAUGAAGAAUCCGAGGCCGAGAACUCCACCCUUUCUGCUACGACACCUGGCUAUGGAGAGGAGACCACGCCUGGAACGGGAAAUGCAGGUCUAGCUGCAAUCCAACUUCCCAAGAAGGCUAGCGAUGUAGGAAAGAAGGCUACAAAAAAGGAUGAAAGUGAUGAAGAAGAAGAAGAGGAAGAGGAAGAAAAUGAAAAUGAAGAAAACGAAGCAGAAGUGGAUGAAAACGGGCAAGGCAUAAAUGGAACCAGCACCAACAGCACAGAGACUGAAAAUGGCAAUGGCAGCAGUGGCGGAGACAAUGGAGAAGAAGAAGGGGAAGAAGAAAGUGUCCCUGAUGCCAAUGCAGAAGGAACCACAGUGGCUGGAGAGCACGAUAAUGACGGAUUUGAACCUACAACUCCACCACAGGAGGUCUAUGGAACCACCCCCCCACCACUGGGGGGAACCACCACCACGGAGUAUGGCGGGGAGUAUGAACAAACAGGCACCAAUGAAUAUGACAAUGGAUAUGAAGUCUAUGAAAAUGAGAAUGGGGAACCUCGAGGGGACAAUUACCGAGCCUAUGAGGAUGAGUACGGUUACUAUAAAGGGCAUAGCUAUGAUAGCUAUGAUGGUCAAAACUCCUACUACCACCAGUGAAGGCCCAGCCUGGGAUGAAUUCAUUCACUCUGGUGUUUCAUGGGGCUACAGCUUUCAAAGCUCAACUCAGGAAGGUGCAAUAUAACACAUGUGCAUGUUAUAAUGUGGAAUGGUGCUACUGUUCCAAAGUGAUUUUCUGUAAUUGCUUCUGCAAAUAAGGGGCUGCAUGUUGCUUUUCCCUGGUAUAUUAUUGAAAGGUUAUUGUAAACCAGGGCCAUUUAUCAAGUGAUAAACCAAUCCAUAAGAUAGAGUUUGAUCAAAUAUUUUGAAGUUGUAGUUCUAUGAAUAUUUUUAACAUGUUUGCUCUAUUACUGCCAAAACAUUUUUUGUGCAAGAAUGCUUCUAAGAAAAAAUUCAUUGACAUUAAUGACACCGUAUAGCAUAAAUGUGUAGUUCUUUAAUCAUGCUACCCAUCCAAUACUGUAUAGCUUGAUUAUUAUCCUCAUGUAUUUUUAUGUGACCUGUAUGUAUAUUCUAUCCAUGGGUUUCAUCACAAAUAAAAAUGCAAUCCUUCAAAUGUGUAUAUGAAGAAAAAUGAGAGAUUUAGGAGGAAAAAAAGGUGAUACAAGUAAGGGGACAAUUCAGCUAAAG